CUCUAAAAACGAAAAACCGUGAUUUUAAAAAGAUAAAUGCGCCGAUUGAACGGCACUUGUUAGAUAACAUCUUAUACGCCAAGCCUAAAAGUAUUUUCUAGAAAAGCCGGGGACCCAUUCUGCUUCAUAUUCCUUCCUUGAGUACUCUGGAUUUCUCUACUCACCAAUCCAAAAUCUUCUCUGCACUCUAUAAAUUCCUCUGUAAAAUUCUGUUCUCCCCAGAUAAAUAAAUUCCUCUGCUUUUGUGUCUGGUGACCUUAAACACAGCGAUGAUGGCGGCUAAGGAUUCAAGACGGUCAUUUGAAGACCUCGAAACAGGACGAGAAGGGGCUCUUUACCCGGACCAGCCUGUGUACGAAACACCACUGCGGUGGGCCUUCAUAAGAAAAAUCUACACAAUUCUCAGCCUGCAAUUGCUUCUCACCAUUGCCGUGUCUGCCGUAAUUGUCUUUGUUCAUCCGGUUGCUCAUUUCUUUGUUUCCACUCCGGCCGGUCUUGGAUUAUACAUAUUUCUCAUCAUCUUCCCCUUCAUCGUGCUUUGUCCUUUGUACUAUUACUCGCAGAAGCACCCUGUGAAUCUUUUUCUGCUGGCGCUGUUUACGCUUGGCAUCAGCUUUUCUGUUGGAUUAACCUGUGCUUUCACCAAUGGGAAAGUGAUACUUGAGUCGGCAAUUUUAACGGCUGUGGUGGUGAUAAGUCUGACAAUGUAUACAUUCUGGGCUGCAAGGAAAGGCCACGAUUUCAGCUUUCUGGGACCCAUUCUCUUUUCAGGAUUCAUGGUGCUUUUGGUUUUCAUAUUAAUUCAGAUUAUCAUUCCAUUGGGGAAGAUAUCCACAAUGAUAUAUGGGGCACUGGCUUCAAUAUUAUUUAGUGGCUAUAUCAUUUAUGACACUGAUAAUUUGAUUAAGCGGUAUUCCUAUGAUGAAUAUAUCUGGGCUGCAAUAUCCUUGUACCUUGACAUUAUUAACCUUUUCAUGUCGUUGCUCACACUCCUUCGAGCGGCACAAGAAUAAUGAGAAAGGUUUAGUAACCAUGAAUAUAAUUGCAGUGGUAUGGGAUAA